AUGAAUGGUGAGACUGGUCAUCUCUCGCACAAUCUUCACGUCAGCCAAGCUGCCGUUAAUUUCCCCGGAGAUCUUGGGUUUAUCUGUCCUGGGAACAAUCUUCUGUACAUUUGCAGUCGUUCGGAUGGACUGGUCAAAAUAAAUGCGAUUGACUUUCUGGCCAUCGAUGUGGAUCGUUUGUUGCUCAGGUUAAAACAAAAGACUUACGUGGUGUACAGCAGUACAUGUCCUCGUUGGAAUGUCACAAGCUGCAAGACGAUGAAUGGUGAGACUGGUCAUCUCUCGCACAAUCUUCACGUCAGCCAAGCUGCCGUUAAUUUCCCCGGAGAUCUUGGGUUUAUCUGUCCUGGGAACAAUCUUCUGUACAUUUGCAGUCGUUCGGAUGGACUGGUCAAAAUAAAUGCGAUUGACUUUCUGGCCAUCGAUGUGGAUCGUUUGUUGCUCAGGUUAAAACAAAAGGCUUACGCAGUGUACAACGGUACAUGUCUUUGUUGGAGAGCUAACAUUGCGGCUUCCUUGAAUAGGUUACUCUACUCAUCAGGCAUCCGUUACAUAGGAGCAGUCAACUGGGUUUAUUCAACGGUGUGCAGUUUAUAG